AUGGCGCCACUCUCCUCGGGCGGGCAGAUCGCCCUCGCCUUCGUGGGCGGGUUCCUCGCCGCGAUCCUCAUCAUGGCGGUCGUCGCCUUCUCGUUCCUGAGGUCCAGCGACGCCUAUGGCCUCGGCCACUGGAAGCUCAACGCCAAGAUGCCGCUGUCGACCAUGUGGAUGAACCUGGGAUAUUGGACAAACGCAAAGGGUGAGCCAAUCCACGACUUCGAGGAGGCCUGCUCCACCCUCCUCAGGAACAUCCUCGACAGGGCCGGCCUCCUCAACCAGCCAGGUCUCAAGCAGCCGCAGCGGUCCCUCGCGGUCCUCGACCUGGGGUUCGGCUGCGGCGACCAGACCUUUGAGCUCGUCCGCCUCACCCGCCCCGAGCGCGGGUGGGACGCCUUCCGCUACGUCGGGCUCACCCUCAGCCGCGUGCAGAUCCAGGCGGCCCGGCGGUGCGUCGCGCGGGAGCUCCUCGCCGAGGACGCGCCGGACGCGGACUCGUUCCAGCUCUUUUGCGCGGACGCGGCGAGGCCGGCGACGUGGGAUGAGCGGACGAGGGGAGCCGUGGAGUCCCUGGCGGACGAGAGGUAUGCCGAGCGGUGGCUGCUGGCGCUGGACUGCCUGUACCACUUUAAGCCGUCGCGGCGGCCCGUGUUUGAGUACGCGGCCAGGAGGUUGAAAGCCAACUCGAUGGCGUUUGACCUGGUGCUGAAUGAGAAUGCCUCCUUCGGGGAUAAGCUGAGGAUGAGGGCCGUCGGGGUGAUGAUGGGGUGUCCGAUCGACACGUUCCUGACUGAGAAGGAGUAUCUCGACCAGCUCGUUGAGUGCGGCUACGACAGGGAGAGCAGCACCAUCACCGAUAUAUCCGAGCACGUCUUCUCUGGGGUCUCGGGGUUCAUUGACGACCAGGAGCGUGCCCUGAGCCAGUACUCGGUUACUCUGGGCGGGUACAAGCUAGCCGGGCGGUUGUUCGAAUGGUUUGGUAGGUCCGAGGUAGUGAAGGCGGUGAUAGUCGUUGCUAGGACUAGGGAAGAUGCAGACCUUUCGUCGAGCUGA